CCCACGCCGGGGCGCGCCACUUGCUGGUCCUGGGGACCGUCUGUGCCACCCCGGCCUGAGCCGCGGCCUCCUUGGGAGGAGUCGGCGGCCAGGCGUGGGGUCCGAACCACCGGGCUGACCUUGACCCGGCCGAUCUGGCGCGGCCGCCGUGAUGCGCAGAUGUUUUCAAGUCAGCAAACAUUUACUGAGCGACUCUUGUGUGCAAGGUACAGUUCUGGGUACAUGGGGAACUGUUGCGGUCCCCCCUCAUCACAGUGCUGGAGGCGCCAAGGAAGACUUUCAGGAGGAGGAGACUCUGAAGAUCGAAUUUCAUUUUCUUGGGAUGAGAAGUGAAAUAGGCAUUCCAGGCUGCUGUGCAAGGGAUGACCAUUUGCAACAGACCCUCCAACAAAACAGCCCCCGAGAAGAGCGUGUGGACUGCACCCACACAGGCCAGCCCGGAGCUGCAGGGCCAGCGGUCCCGUAGGAAUGGGUGGAGCUGGCCUCCUCACCCGCUCCAGAUUGUGGCCUGGCUGCUGUACCUCUUCUUCGCUGUGAUCGGCUUUGGGGUUCUGGUCCCCCUUCUGCCUCACCACUGGAUGCCUGCUGGCUAUGCUUGCAUGGGGGCCAUCUUUGUUGGCCACCUGUUGGUGCAUCUCACUGCCGUCUCCAUAGACCCAGCAGAUGCUAAUGUGCGGGACAAGAGCUACUCGGGGCCCCUGCCCAUCUUCAACCGCAGCCAGCACGCGCACGUCAUUGAAGACCUGCACUGCAACUUGUGCGAUGUGGAUGUGAGCGCUCGCUCCAAGCACUGCAGCGCCUGCAACAAGUGUGUGUGUGGCUUCGACCAUCACUGCAAAUGGCUUAACAACUGCGUGGGUGAAAGGAACUACCGGCUCUUUCUACACAGUGUCAUAUCCGCUUUACUGGGUGUUCUGCUCCUGGUGCUGGUGGCCACUUAUGUCUUUGUGGAGUUCUUUGUCAACCCCAUGCGGCUGCGUACCCACCCACACUUUGAAGUGGUGAAGAACCAAACUGAUGUGUGGUUUGUGUUCCUGCCUGCUGUGCCCCUGGAGACCAGGGCUUCUGCCAUCCUCGCGCUGACCGCCCUCCUCAUCCUCCUGGGCCUGCUCUCCACAGCCCUGCUCGGCCAUCUGCUCUGCUUCCACAUCUAUCUCAUAUGGCACAAGCUUACCACCUAUGAGUACAUCGUGCGGCAUCGCCCACCGCAGGAGUCAAAGGAGGCCCACCGGGAGCUUGAGUUGUGUCCCCCCAAGAUGCGGCCCAUUCAGGAGAUGGAGUUCUAUAUGCAGACCUUCAGCCAUGCGCGCCCAGAGCCCCCAAGCCAAGCCAGGCCAGUGGCAGUGAAUGCCAAUCCUGCCCCAUUUCUUACCACCAGGGGCCAAGGAGAGCCUCCACUGCCCUCCUCCCCAGACACUCUGGCCUUGCCUCCCAGGAUCUGCCCCCAGAAAAAGAAGAAGCGGCGCAUGUAUAAGGUACCGAUGUCAGAGAUCCUGAACUGGGAGGUGGCUUCGCUGCCCAGGCUGCGGGGGUCCCGGAACACUGAGCACCAUUCCGGCUCACUGAGUGAUUCCACAAGAGCCAGUCCGAGGCCCACUGUUGGCCCUGCAGGCACCGACCAGUUGGCGUGGGCCGAGUCCCUGGAUGAGAUUCCAGUGGCACAGACACGCCUGGGCAGUGCUGCUCUGGCUACCCCUGGGGGCAGGGCUCGGGAGCCAGGGCUGGCGCUGCAGACGCGGGCUCCCGCUGUGUGUGUCAGCCCUUGGAGUGGUGAACUCAAGGCUCCAGAUGCCCAGGACAGUGGCCUUAAGUAGCUGGACAGAUAAGCCAGAGGGCCAAGGAGUAGCGGCCGGCCCAACUCUCUAUGCAACACCCCACGCUUGCAGUCCCCAGUGCACUUUAGGAGUCCCCAUGGCUGGCGGGAUCGGCCUCCUUCCCCUACCACUCAGCAAUA